CAAACUGGUUUUCUGCAUUUGCAUUAUGUUGAAUCAUAAGUUAUGUAGGCAGAAAUAUCUAGUGCGGAAAUCGGUGCAUGCUGACAUUCAUGCAUUAGGUUCACUUUUACUGAUCACAGUGCACGAGCUUCGCGUCUGUAAGUUAUCAUCAUGCAAGUGACUCUGAGUCAGAUAUCGCUGCUUCUUUGUUUACUGUCAUGCGCAUCAUCAGUCGGGGCUCGAUAUACACCAGAUUGGGCCAGUCUGGACUCCAGACCUCUGCCUGAGUGGUACGACGAGGUGAAGUUCGGGAUCUUCGUUCAUUGGGGGGUGUUUUCAGUGCCCGCGUUCGGCAGCGAGUGGUUCUGGUGGUACUGGAAGGGCGCACAUAGUAUUAAAUAUAUCCUGUUCAUGAUCAAAAACUACCCCCCUGGAUUCAGCUAUACGGACUUCGCACCUGAUUUCCACGCGCAGUUUUUUGAUCCUGAUGAGUGGGCUGAUAUCUUCGAAGCUUCAGGAGCAAAAUAUGUGGUCCUCACAUCGAAACACCACGAAGGCUUCACAAAUUGGGGGUCGCCAAAUUCCUGGAAUUGGAAUUCUGUUGAUAAUGGACCUCACAGGGAUCUUGUUGGAGAUUUAGGCGAGGCAGUAAGAAAGAGGUCUCUGCAUUAUGGACUCUACAACUCUCUGUAUGAAUGGUUCAAUCCCAUCUACCUGAGUGACAAGCAAGCUGGUUUCAAGACCCAGGAGUAUGUUGCAAAAAAAGUUUUGCCAGAACUCACCAAUUUGGUCAACAGGUACAAGCCAGACUUGAUUUGGUCAGAUGGGGACUGGGAAGCACCUGACACUUAUUGGAACUCUACAGAAUUCCUCGCCUGGCUCUACAACGACAGUCCAGUCAAAGAUGUGGUGGUGACCAAUGACAGAUGGGGGGCGGGCUGUUACUGCAAACAUGGAGGUUAUUACAACUGUGCGGACAAGUUCACUCCCGGACAGCUGCCUAAUCACAAGUGGGAGAAAUGCCAGUCAGUGGACACAUUAUCAUGGGGGUAUCGCCGAAAUAUGAAGCUAAGCGAACUGAUGGAUCUACCAAGAAUCAUAAAGGACCUGGUCUACACCGUGGCCUUAGGGGGGAAUUACCUGUUGAAUGUGGGACCCACAGCAGACGGCGUGAUCGCACCUGUCUUUGAGGAACGUCUCAGAGGAAUUGGAGCCUGGCUGAAGAUCAACGGUGAAGCCAUCUAUGCAACUAAACCUUGGAGAGUUCAAGCGGAGAAUGCUACUUCUCUUGUCUGGUAUACUUCAAAAAACACCAGCACUGUAUAUGCGAUCAUCACCGCCAAUCCCAUGCAAAACUUCUUUAAGCUUUCGAUGCCCAAAACCUCCAGCAGCACAGUGGUGACUUUGUUGGGGAACCCUGAGCCUUUGAAAUGGACUCCUCUACAAUCAACAGGACUGACUGUGCAGAUGCCUGAACUGCCUUUCACACCCGCUCAAGCCUGGACCCUCAAGCUGGACGGGGUGGCAUAAAGCCUUUAAAACCACUGGAGAUUUUAAUGAAAAUGGCAGGGAUGUGAUUUUUUUGUUGUUGUUGUAUAAAUAUAUAUAUUUAUACAGAUUUCUGUAUUUUCUUACUUGAGAAGUAUGACCCAUGUGAACUGCAAAAUGGUCAUGAUUAUUAAACAAACUGCAAAAUGCUGAAUUUUCAAAUACAUUUAUUACAGCCAGCGCUAAGUGAGAGUACAAAUUGUCAAUAGCAAGUAUACUGUAUGAAACUGUUACUCACCUGUUGGUGUGAUUUAUCAAAUCUAAAAGACUUUGAUUAAUUUAUAUAAAUAUGUAGUCUGAUGUACUACUCAAUGUUUCAGAGUGAAGCGACUUGUUUCGCAGUAAAUACUGCUCCACAUGAACUCCAUGUCUGCAAGUGCUGUGCAUUUGAAAACAUGCAACAACCAUCUUUGUGGAUUUAUAAUGAGAAUCGUUUAUAAAUCUGUUGUCAACAAAAGAGAAGCACUACUGUGGGUUUCUGCCUAAAGAAAAGCUUUGUGGUUUAUCUUUUGAAAGUAAAGAAACCAACAAAGCUAUAAAUAUUAGUAUUGUAAUUGUACUGUUCUGUAAAAUUAAAUAUUCAUUUUAUUUUACAGUACAAUAUUAUUGCAAUAUUAAUAUAUUUCCUUUUUUUGUCCACAUGCCUGGUUUUUGUAAUGCAUUUCUUUUAAUAAAGUUUUGUAUAAAUCAA